AUGGCAAGAGAAAGUACGAGUGUUUACAUUGAUGCUCAUCCAAUUGAACAGGCGAUCAUUGUCAGAUUUCAGUCGAUCAAUGACGGAAAUUCAAGCAGUUUUGCAGGAAAAACCUAUCAAAAGAUAAUUGUAAUCCGUGAACUCUCGAGUGUGAUCGAUGUGAAAUUAGUGGCAAACGAAGUGAUGGCACAAUGUGGAGAAAUACCCGAAAAAGCGAGAGCUGACCUAGAACACACUAUACAUUAUCUGCAAAAGAGAAAAACUGAUGGGUUGAGAUCACGUGGAAGCUCGACAUCUCUCUCCGAUCAAGGCUCGGCCAACUCUAUUAAAGCAAAUAUGGAGAAAAUUGAAGACUACAUUGAAUUAUUUUAUGAAGAAAUCUCGGAGAAAACUCGUGGCACGGCGUUGAUCCUCGAGUUGGCCUCUGAUCCCAAUAAUCUUCAAGAGUUAGCAGCUAACGAAUCUUUGAUUGGAGCCCUUGUGCGCAUUUUUCGAGAAGAUUGGAAGAAGAACUUUGAUCUCGCAACGAAUAUUAUUCGCUUUUUCGUACAUUUAAGCUACUAUGAGAGCUUUCACUCAACAAUUACAGAGCACAAGAUGGGCGCACUAUGCAUGACAGCAAUCGAGCACGAGAUCAAAAGAGGCGAACUUUGGACAACAGAGGCACUUCGGGAUGAUCAAUCGGCAAAGAAAUACCGUGUUGCCUUGCGAAAGCAAAACGUUUUACUAGCUGCUUGUAUAACUCUACUCACGAAUUUGGCCGACGAUCUGUCAGUCGAACAGAAAAUGGUGAAACGGGACAUCUUGAAUUAUCUAUUGAAAUGUCUCGAUUCAAAAGACAGUCCUCAGCUCAUCCUUGCCACUUUGCAAUUCAUUCUGAAAUUGAGCAUUUUCAUUGAGAACAAAGCUGCAUUGGAACAAGAUGCGAUCAUUGAUAAACUGAUUGGUUUGGUGACACUUGAUGAUGAAAAAAUUCAGAAACAAGCAAUGGGAAUCCUUUUCAAUUUGUCGUUUGAAGAGAAAAAUCGCAUUCGAAUGGUGCAAGCCGGUCUUGUCACCCAUAUUGCACCUCUAAUACAAAAAACGAAAGCUUUACAUCUUCUUUAUCAAUUGACGAUUAAUGAUGACGCAAAAGCAAUGAUGACUUAUACAGAUGCCAUUCAAAUUCUGAUGUCCGAUCUUCUCUCUGGUCAAGCAUCCGAUGUCGGAAAAGCGGUUCUCAUCAAUCUUUGUGUCGAGAAACGAAAUGCUCAAUUAGUUUGUGGACCACGCGGACAAGGACUCGAUUUAUUGAUUGAACAAGCCCACCAGGGUCGAGAUCUUCUCAUCGCAAAAAUCAUUCGCAAUAUUUCUUUCCACACAGGUCCUACGCAAGAGCUUUUCUUGAAAUGGAUUCCGAAAUUGAUCAUCGUGAUGAAAAGUGACGGGCUUUCGGUAGAAGAGAACAAAUCGGCAUUCAGUCUUGAAGCUGCUGGCACAAUUGCCACCAAUACGGCUGCUGAUUGGGCUAGCUUAUGCGAAGCAUACAAACUCGUACCAUGGAUGACAGAAGUGCUCGGGAAACAAGGCGGAGAACGACAACCACUGCAGUUACAAUUGGUGAUUCUUUGUGGAUCGAUGGCCACUCAAUUGUCAGCUGCACGUCUUCUCGUUCCUUUAUUAGACACAUUUUUAAAACUUUUACAUGUGAUGCAAGAAGACGAUGAAUUCGUUGUCCAACUUCUUUACUUGUUUCUUCAAUUGAUCAGACAUAAAGAACUAUCCGAUCGAUUGAUGGGUUCAAACUCGAUUCUCGGUGACUACGUGAUCGAUCUGAUGCAUGAUAAAAACGAAUCGAUUCGGGAAAUGUGUGAGACGGCACUUGUGAUAAUUGGAGAGCACAGUAUCGAGUGGGCUCGUCGAAUCGCGACGCAACGCUUCCGUUGGCACAACGCACAAUGGCUAGAAACGGUGGAAAGUGGUGGUAUAAACGAGAUUUCCGACGAUCGGCUUGAUGAAGAGGAUGAAGAAUGGAGAAAACAAGUGAUUUUCGACGAUCAACUCAUCGACGACGACGAUUUGCAAGAGAGAUUAUUC